AUGACCAAUUCAGAGGGCAAGGGCAAGGGUGUCGCCGAUGAUCAUGACAAAGAUGAAGACGAAUUCGUGCCUGAAGAUGCAGAAGCUGGGGGUGACGAUGACGCCCAGGAGCCAGAUCCGGAGGACAUAAAGGAGGCCCUCGAAGACAACGAAGUCACCAAUGAAGAGCCCGUGGAAGAAGAUGAGGAUCAAGAGGCCGAGGUCGAAGAGGUCUACGACUCCGGCGGAGACUACAAUGAGGACGUGGAGAGCGAGGUUUCUGUCGAGGAUGACGACGACGCUGACCAGGAAGAGCCACGGAGAAGUAAGCGUGAAAACGUGGACGACUCUCAAUCUGGGCCCAAUAAGAAGCAGAAGGAAUCGGCAGAUGAAGACAGCACAGCCAAGACAACAAAAUCCAACGGCGCCGCGUCAGCGGGCAAGGUCGGCUCGAAGCACGAUGAUCCGCGGGAUCCCGAAACGCAAGGCUCAGCAGACAGGCUGCCAGAAGUGGGCCAGCAGGUAGAAUGGAAAGCACUGCCAGGUUUCGUGGACGGUGAAGUUGUUGAGAUCCUGCGCGAGGACAAGGAUGUGGAUGGAAAGAAUGUCAAGGCGAGUGAGGACGACCCACGCCUUGUGUUGAAGAGCAACAAGUCUGGCAAGAUCUGCGUUCACAAGCCCGAGGCUUUGUACUUCAAGUGA